UGGCCAGGGACAGGCUGCAGCCUCGGUUAGAUAUUUACUGAGGAGAAGUGGGGGAAAGUUUCUACUGGGGGAGGAGGGCGGCACAGAAUGGAGGAAUAAAGAGGGGAGGGAGUAAGAAAAUGGAGAAAGAAGAAAGUUGAUGUGGAGACGAAGGAGCGGGAGCGAGUGAGGGAGACUUGGGAAGAAGCAGAAAUGCUGAGGGGGAGCCCACUGACUGACUGACUGGUGGCGCACACAUUACAGGGCAGAGAUGGGGGGACAACUCAGCUAACGUUGGCCCAGAGGGCUCGCAGCUUUUCGCCAUGUGUCAGAUGGUACGAUCCAGCUGAGCUACACUGGGCCGGGACCGGCCAUCUCCGAGCAGCGCAAAUCAGCAGGAGGGUCUGAGGGCACCAACACCUCAUGGAGACAAAGGGGGGCCCCAGGGACACGACACGGCUGUGCUCUCUGCAGGAUUGUGACAAAGAUGGCAGCGGAGGUGAAUAUGAGGGAAGGUCUCCCUUAUAAAGACACAGUGAAAAGUCAAGUGCUAAAGAACAACUUGAUUCUGGAAAGAACAAGCAACGAGUAUACAGACAAAGGGAAGCCAGUGGUUCGGGAGACAGAGCCAGUCAUGGGAACAUCUGUACUACAGAGUAAAGUAAAAGCACUGAAGCAAAAGCAGAAGGAUUUAAGGACAUUGGAAUUUCAUAAAGGGAAAGACCCUUUGGAGGAUACGUUAAGUGUUCCUCAGCUCCGUACUUACCUAACAGAAGAGACACUGAACUACACUGAGCAUGAAAGGGUCCCUUGUGUUAAUCAGGAGUCCUGGGGUACUGAGGGUUUUAGUAAUGAAUGUGAGGGAGUGAAUUACAGUCAGAACAAGGCUGAGAGUAAUGCACAGAAAUUGCCACAAGACCAUCUAAAAGAAUUUCCCCAGGACUUGUUUGGAUCUCACCACACUGAUGAUGAAUUAAGCUUUAAGAGUUCCUCAAUAAGUUUGGCUGAGAGAGUUGAGCGGAAUAGGCAGGAAUUGAGGUGGAGAUUCAACAGCUCACCUUCUCUUGGCGAAGAAAGCAUCCAGGAUGAAGUGCAGAAUAGCAGCCAUGGACACGUAUCCAGACAUGACAGCUGGAUGGUGCCUGGGGCUGAUGCAGACUGUGAUUCCGGGGUGUCUCUGCCAGAUCCAGAGGGCAGCAGGGAUCUGAGCAUCCGACACGAACAGGCCAAACAGCUGCUACACAGAGCACGGAUGAAAGCAAAAGGGGUCAGUCCCUUGCGCGCCUCUCACUGUGUCCUUCCAAACGCACAAUCACAGCUUCUACAGCAACGUGUUCCCUGUGCUUCUGGUGCUGAUGGGGGCUCUCUAAGCGACAGCUCUGGCAGUGAUUAUUGUUCUUGGCAUCGAAGCUCACGUGGUUCUCCAUCAUCUCACGUGAGAUUUCAAGAUGAAUCAGAGCAUGAUGUGGAGGAGCGAUAUAGAGAACGUCAGCAACAGGGUCCUCAGUCAGCUGGUAUCACCCCAGCUACACCACCAGCUCGACGCUCCAAUGGUCACAUACCCUGGACACAGCAUCUGGUACCUUCUGGAAAUGAAAACCAAUGUGGAACUUGCGGCUCUUAUAUUAAGGGUUUAGGAGGUCAAAAACAGAGUUCAGAGGCUUUUUCCACAGGUUCAAACCUAUGGAAUGCUCAUUUAGGCUCUAGAAUAUCUCAGGAUGUGUCUAUUAACUCCCCUUUGGGAACCAAACCCUCUCCUCACUGGAUUCUUCCAUCACAGCCAUGGAGAGUCCACACUGAACUCAUCCGGGAAACCCAUAUUGGAGGUGAUUCCACAGCCGACUCAUCUGGCGAAGACGAGGUCAACAGGACACAAAAAAAAUCCUGUCGUGCUUUGGGUCCUCACAGGAGCUCUAAAAACACACAACAUAAUGUAGAAUCUGGUUCUAGAACAAGGACAUGUUCAAAUCCAGAGCAGUUUGCUGAUGGAAGAACCAAGACGACAGAUAUUGAGAAAGAGAAGGAAAUGAAUCCAAAGAGUUCCUUGCCGCAGGCUGAAAUGAAAAGCAGCACACCAGCUCUUAAAGAUCCCAGGACGAAAAUGUGUGUAUCAAAUACAGAAACAGAGACUGCAGUGCGGGGACAUCUGCAUAAUAGUAAUGUAAAAGCUGAAAAACAAAUUCCUAUUCAUUAUGCUGAACCCAGAACAACAUUAAACCCCAUAAAUACAACUCCUAAAUUUGGAAAUGAAUGCCUAGAUGCCAACCCAAAUCCAGGUGCUCUCACAAUCCAUGGCCACGUGCCAGUUCCUCCAGUUGGGAAAGCUCCUUCUACUGGGACGCCAAGAUCUGGCAGAUUUACGGUGCGUCCUGAGGGAACUUUUCAUCUGUCUGUAGGUACUUCUCAGGGAGAAAAAAGGGAACAAUUGAGGAAUGAGAAGGGCAUACCAUCUGAUAUUGUGCCAAAAAUCAAAAAUGAGACUCAAGCGAAGCUCAGAGUUUCUGACAUCCAUCCUUUGUCAUUAUCUGAAAUAAGAAUGAAGGAGGAAGGCAGAGAAAGGCCGCAAAAGGUGAAAAAAACCCUAAAUAAGGAGAAGCCAAAUGAAAGACAGGAGCAGAGGAACCCAGAGAGGCCGGAUGUGACAAAUGGACAACCUGAAAGUGAGAAAGCUCACAGGUCUAUGAGACAAAGGAACGCUGAAAGGAGAAGUGUAUCAAAGGAGCAGCACAACACUGAAGUGACUCAGACCAUCAGGGAUCACACAGAUGGAGAAACGUCAGACCUAUUAAAAGAUCAAUUGGUAAAGGAAAGAAAUACUGCGAAAAAGGAACAUAAGCGAAUUACAGGGACAGAUGUACAACAUGACAGCACAGAAACAGUGGAUGUUGGUGCAAGUGAAACAGGCUUUGCAUUCCGUGAACACCCAGCACAGGACAAGCACUUGGAUCAUAAAGCAGAAGAUGCGAAUCAGUGUGUCGCCCCCAAAAGUCCGAUGCAGCCUGCAGCAAGGAAAGGCGACAUCCGCAGUGGAAUGAAGAAAUUCUUAUCUUCCUUUGGCCUGUCCUCCCGUCCCAAGUUGGAGCGAUUCCAGUCUUCCAGUUUGGAGCAGAUUUUUACACCAGCUGCUCGGAGCUCACAAGCACACGCUAGGGGUGACAGGGAGCGAUGUGAGGAAGCAGGGAAGGAUGGCAGGCUGAAGAAGAGUCCUUCACUGCAGUCCUUGAAACUGGUGACACAAUUUCACUUACCACGGAAAGCAUCCUCAGUGCAGAACCUGCUGGGAAAAUCGGAGCGAUCUGCUGUCUAUAUUACAGACGAUGCCAACACGGCACCCAGGCGGGCUCUCAGUGUGGAAGACAUUGGAUCCCCUGGUAUGCCAAGGGUGCUGGGGCGUGUAGCUGAGAUUUACCCUGAUGGAACCCGCCUUUUACAGCUUCAGCGCCCCCCACAAGGCAGUUUUGGUUUCAGUAUUUCAUCUGUAAAUGGACGUCCAGACUCAGGUAUAUACGUGCAGGAGAUGAGUGACGCCAGCACUGCUAAACUCUUCUCGGGCCUGCUGCGUGUGGGAGAUGAGAUUCUGGAGUUGAACGGUACCAAAGUGUCGACUAUUGCACAUGAGCAGCUGAGCAAGAUCAUGGACAGGGAGUCCACUUUGUCUCUACGAGUUUUGCAUCAGAGAAGGACCAAGUGCUAAGAGACAAAGCAGAAGGCAGCACUGCAUGCUGGGAGAUCCCACAUAAAAAAAUGUCAGAUACUUUAUCUUUUGACAGAGGUCGGAGCCAAGAACAAUCUUCGCUACAUUCUCAGCAGGCUCAUCACUUCUCCUGAAAUGGGUCAGCGGCAGUUUAGCAGUCAGUACGUGUUUCUUAUGAUAAAUGGUUUAAAUAUUCUAAGCACAUGGAUUCCACGCUGGCCUUCAGCCAUGUCUGUUUACCAAGUGAUUUCUUUUUAUUUUGCACUCCUGACACCAGUUUGUUUAAAAGCAGAAGUGUCCGACAGUCUGUCCUGUCACCCAUGUACUUGUGGGAAAAAUCUGCUGCAGAAAUAAGGGAUCUUUCUGUUUAUCAGUAUUAAAGCCUGGAGCGGACAUUAUCCUCUAUGCCUUGCACAGCUCACAUUGGCAAAUGUCCUUGUGUAUUUAUGAAUUUAUGGCUUCUCACUGCCUAUUUAAUUUUAAUAUAUUAAAUAUCUUUGUAAUGUA